GAGGAUGAGACGGUGGAACAUGUGGUGCUGGAGUGUGUGAAGUAUGCCAGAGACAGGAAUGAGAUGAUGCAAGUGAUACUGACUGAGUUAGGGCAUGAUAGGAAUGAAAGAGUGGAGAAGACAGGAAAGGAAUGGAUGGUGUUGUUGCUGGGACUGUGUAGAGAGGCGAAUGAAAGGAUGAUUGAGGCGGUGAAAGAGUUUCUGGAGAGAAUGUGGCGUGCCAGGUGUAUGAACAAUUAGGUUAGAGGAUGCUGUUCGUUUUUUUUUUUUUUUUUUUUUUUUUUUUUUUCUCCUUUCUACAGGAGUUGCCGAUCCAAAGGCCUGGCUCAGGAGUGAUCCUGUGCCACCUGUACCAUCAAGAUCAAGAUCAAGAUGUAGGCUCCUCGAGAAGAAGAACCUCUUGUCCCAGUGCAGUGGGUGUCUCUUAAGGCUGAAGGAGGAGUGGGAGGUACUUGCUGUGAGGCAUGGUGAGGUGGAGGGCUCGGAAACGGAGGUGGCCGUGGCUAUUGCUGUUAGUUGUGCUUGCUUGUCAGGCUUUGUGUGUGUACGUGGGGAUUUGCCCGUCACCUGUUGUCUGGGGCUCCCCUUGUGUGUCACCUGUGUUCUUGAAGCACACUUACAGAUUGUUGAGGCUAACUUGACUCCUUCAUUGCAGACGCCUUAAGGAGCACGCAUGACGCUUUAAAGCGGAGGGCGGUUCGGGCAGAGGUGACGCGUGCCCUGACACAGAGGGUGUCUGGACGGCCUCCUUCCUGCCGUGCCCAAGAGCUCGCCCGCCGGCGAGCGCCCGCCGCUGGACCCGCCAUUCGUGUAGACGUGCGGUCCCUCCCGGCCGGGUCGCGGCCCGCACGCGCGGACCGACGGGUGGACGUUGUUGCAGGCGCAUCAACAGGUCAGGCGACACAAGCAGCCUUGACUUGCCUGGUGGGUGGGAGAGCCGCAGCAGUACAGGUCCACUGGCUUAUUGAAGGUGGAGACCAACUCAGGCAGCCUGUGAAACCCCCUGUGACCCCCCCAUGACCUGCAAGACACAGCCACUCCAGGACAGGAUGACUCAGCAGCAUGUGACCACCUAACAACAACAACAACAACAACAGACUUUCCUUGUUUAUUUGGUGAGAGAGAGAGAGAGAGAGAUGCAAUAUUUUAAGCCUUCCAUCAGUUCACCUCCCAGCUUCUACUACUACUUCUACUACUACUACUAUUACUACUACUACUACUACUACUACUACUAGUACUACUGCUACUGCUACUGCUACUGCUACAACUUCUCCGCACAGUAUCACCACCCUACACGUCCCGUUCCAAAGCAAAUGGCCAUAUUUGGGGACAGAAAGCAGCAACAUCCACUUUGUUAAAAUUGUGACUUUGCAAUUAAAUGGAUACUGCAUGAACUGGAAUAAGGCUAUUGAACUGUGAUGCAAGACACACCCUGGCGCAGUGGUACACCUCAGUGAAAACCCUGUCAAGAGUGAGAGAAAAUGAAACUGCUGAUUAGAUAUGAAAGUGGGCAGCUGGUUCUGUGGGACUUCAAGGGCCGCUGUGCUGAUGUCAGAUACCAGUCUGCUGAACCCCUAAGGUCAUUGUCUUGGCACCACGAGGGAGAGCAGGGGAUGUGCUGUCAUAUGGACCGGUCACUCACAACUUGGACUCUGAAACAAGCCUCUCCCAGACCCCCCCCCCUCUCUCUCUCUCUCUCUCUCUCUCUCUCUCUCUCUCUCUCUCUCUCUCUCUCUCUCUCUCUCUCUCUCUCUCUCUCUCUCUCUCUCUCUCUCUCUCUCUCUCUCUCUCUCUCUCUCUCUCUCUCUCUCUCUCCACAGAACUGAGUGACCCCCGUGCACUGGUGGUUCUCCACAAUGACAUCGUUGUUGUGGACCUACUCUCCCCAGCUACCCCCGUUUUGAGAACCCCUAUUGAAGGGAUACACACGAGUCACCUGUCACCGGCUGUACACACCUGGCUGACUGCCCUGCUGACCUCAACCCUGCCCUCUACUUAGCUGGGGCCAGGGGAGGGGGCACAGGAAGCAGGGUUUCUCUGAGAAGGAGUGGCCAAUCUCUGGGAGGGAGUGGGACAGCACCUCUUGCCCCUACCCUGAAAUGACCUUGACUGGACAUGUGGAUGGGUCAAUAAAAUUCUGGGAUGCCUCUUCUGUGGGACUCCAGAUUCUUUACAAUUUCAAGACUGCAAACGUAUGGCCUAUUCCAGUUCACUUGAGUCCAUCCCAGCCUCCCCAACUGCAUCCCAGCCACCCCAGUACAUCCCAGCCUCUCCCAGUACAUCCCAGCCUCUCCCAGUCAUCCCCAGUUCAUCCCCAGCCUCUCCCAGUGCAUCUCAGCCACUCUUAGUGCAUCCCAGCCUCUCCCAGUGCAUCCCAGCCUCUCCCAAUCCAACCCAGCCUCCCUCAGAGCAUCCCAGCCUCCCUCAGUGCAUCCCAGCUUCCUUCAGUGCAUCCCAGCCUCUUCCAGUCCAUCCCAACCUCUCCCAGUGCAUCUCAGCCACUCUUGGUGCAGCCCAGCCUCUCCCAGUCCAUCCCAGCUUCUCCCAGUGCAUCUCAGCCACUCUUGGUGCAUCCCAGCUUCUCCCAGUGCAUCUCAGCCUCUCCCAAUUCAUCCCAGCCUCCCUCAGAGCAUCCCAGCCUCCCUCAGAGCAUCCCAGCCUCCUUCAGUUCAUCCCAGCCUCUUCCAGUCCAUCCCAACCUCUCCCAGUGCAUCCCAGCAUCUCCCAGUGCAUUCCAGCCUCUUCCAGUGCAUCCCAGCCUCUCCCAGUACAUCCCAGCCUCUCCCAGUACAUCCCAGCCUCUCCCAGUGCAUCCCAGCCUCUCCCAGUGCAUCCCAGCCUCCCCCAGUGCAUCCCAGCUUCUUCCAGUACAUCCCAGCCUCUCCCAGUACAUCCCAGCCUUUCCCAGUACAUCCCAGCCUCUCCCAGUACAUCCCAGCCUCUCCCAGUGCAUCCCAGCCUCUCCCAGUACAUCCCAGCCUCCCCCAGUGCAUCCCAGCCUCUCCCAGUGCAUCCCAGCUUCUUGCAGUACAUCCCAGCCUCUCCCAGUACAUCCCAGCCUCUCAGUACAUUCCAGCCUCUCCCAGUGCAUCCCAGCUUCUUCCAGUACAUCCCAGCCUCUCCCAGUACAUCCCAGCCUCUCCCAGUCUAUUCCAGCCUCCCCCAGUGCAUCCCAGCUUCUUCCAGUACAUUCCAGCUUCUCCCAGUGCAUCUCAGCCUCUCCCAUUACAUCCCAGCCUCUCCCAGUACAUUCCAACCUCUUCCAGUACAUCUCAGCCUGUCCCAGCGCAUCCCAGACUCUCUCAGUAUAUCUAAAACAAUUAUUCCCUGUAAAAACAAUGUAAAUUAUUAUUGUACAGGGAAGUUUGAAGGAGUAAAUUUAUUCCCCCUAGCACUGCUGAACGUAAUCAUGUGUUACCUCUCAGUAGAAAACAUUUUAUGCGAGGCUCCCUUCCAAUACUCUGAAAUUGCUCUCGUUUUCGUUCCGCCUCGGGAGUUUUAAGGGGGAACUUCACUAAAUCGAGUAAUUUAUUCCCAUUUUCUCUUUCCCGCAGUGCCUCGAGGUGCCAGUCAUUUAUGAAGUAUGAAAGCAGAAACGGGUCUCCAGAAUAUGAUUUUUGAGCAAGAUCUUCCCUUCAGGCCAGGUAGUGGGUGUGUCUGGUACAUGCUGAGGACAAGGCAGACUACUCCUAUCCUGUGUGGCGUUAGUCGAGCCACAGCCAAUAGUCUGGAGACCCUCACCUUUGUACUAUUCCUGAUAGACUUUGCUGCUGCUGCUGCUGCUGCCUACGUAUGGGUCAAAGACGCCUUAAGGAGCACGCAUGACGCUUUAAAGCGGAGGGCGGUUCGGGCAGAGGUGACGCGUGCCCUGACACAGAGGGUGUCUGGACGGCCUCCUUCCUGCCGUGCCCAAGAGCUCGCCCGCCGGCGAGCGCCCGCCGCUGGACCCGCCAUUCGUGUAGACGUGCGGUCCCUCCCGGCCGGGUCGCGGCCCGCACGCGCGGACCGACGGGUGGACGUUGUUGCAGGCGCAUCAACAGGUCAGGCGACACAAGCAGCCUUGACUUGCCUGGUGGGUGGGAGAGCCGCAGCAGUACAGGUCCACUGGCUUAUUGAAGGUGGAGACCAACUCAGGCAGCCUGUGAAACCCCCUGUGACCCCCCCAUGACCUGCAAGACACAGCCACUCCAGGACAGGAUGACUCAGCAGCAUGUGACCACCUAACAACAACAACAACAACAACAGACUUUCCUUGUUUAUUUGGUGAGAGAGAGAGAGAGAGAGAUGCAAUAUUUUAAGCCUUCCAUCAGUUCACCUCCCAGCUUCUACUACUACUUCUACUACUACUACUAUUACUACUACUACUACUACUACUACUACUAGUACUACUGCUACUGCUACUGCUACUGCUACAACUUCUCCGCACAGUAUCACCACCCUACACGUCCCGUUCCAAAGCAAAUGGCCAUAUUUGGGGACAGAAAGCAGCAACAUCCACUUUGUUAAAAUUGUGACUUUGCAAUUAAAUGGAUACUGCAUGAACUGGAAUAAGGCUAUUGAACUCUGCUGAUUAGAUAUGAAAGUGGGCAGCUGGUUCUGUGGGACUUCAAGGGCCGCUGUGCUGAUGUCAGAUACCAGUCUGCUGAACCCCUAAGGUCAUUGUCUUGGCACCACGAGGGAGAGCAGGGGAUGUGCUGUCAUAUGGACCGGUCACUCACAACUUGGACUCUGAAACAAGCCUCUCCCAGACCCCCCCCCCC